GUUUCUUGGAGGGCGGCGGGGAGCGGCGGGCGGCCGGAGUCUGCGCCUGGGUGCCGAGCGGGGCUGGAGGGCGCCAUGAGCGGGCUGCAAAACAAUGUUGACAGAAGACAGUUUCUGCUGGAGAGGUUAUUGGAUGCAGUGAAACAGUGUCAGAUCAGAUUUGGAGGAAGGAAAGAGAUUGCUUCUGAUUCGGAUAGUAGAGUUACAUGCCUGUGCGCUCAGUUCGAAUCUGUGCUCCAGCAUGGUUUGAAGAGGACCCGGGGAUUAGCCUUAACUGCAGCAGCCAUUAAACAGGCAGCAGGCUUCUCCAGUAAAAUGGAAAUGGACCCUGUGUUUUGGUAUUAUGUGAAAGAAGUUCUUAACAGGCACGAACUCCAGCGCUUCUACUCUCUGAAGAACAUUACAACAGACACUGGCAGGGGCCGUGCCUGGCUGCGCUGUGCACUGAACGAGCAUUCCUUGGAAAGAUACUUCCUUAUGUUGCUGGCGGAUAAGGAUCGACUUAGUGUCUUCUAUGAAGACUGGUCUUUCAUGAUGGAUGAAGAACGCUCCAGUAUGAUCCCUACCAUGGCAGCUGGUCUGAAACCGAUUCUUUUUGCUGUCAACAUCGAUAACAAGGAUUUAAAUGGACAAAGCAAGAGCACUUCCACAGUAUCACACCUUCUCAAGGAAUCCACGCAGAACGUUACCUCAUUGCUGAAAGGAUCAACUCAAGGGGUUAGCAGCCUUCUUCGGGAGAUCACAGCAUCUUCCCCCGUUUCAAUUCUAAUCAAGUCUGAUCAGGACGCUGACCUAUCGCCUGUUUUUCCAAAGAGCACGAGUGGUGAUUUGAAUUAUGGAAAUGUUGGAAGGAGAAGGAGGAAAGUCAAUAUAAUUUCAUUUGAUGACAAGGAAGAUGAACCAAAUCUGGGCAACAUCUUACGGGUAACCGUUGCAGGUGGAAACUUGGAAGAGAACUCCGACCGAUCUUCAGGCCACAUCCUGUCUUCCUCUGCCCCCCUAGUUAAAUUGAAUGGGAACCAGGCGAUGCCUUCAUUAAAAAAUGAAUCCACGCAUCUAAACGGAGACUCGAGUUUCCAGAAGUUGGACGUUAAAAGCAUAGAUGAUGACGAUGAUGAUAAUGACGAUGAGAUCUAUGGCAAAGCGCUACAAAUCCACAGCUUAGCAGAAAAUACAGACUCUUGUGGAAAACCCUUGCAGGGUGUUACAAGCAACUCAGCGGUCAGCACUUGGACUCCUCUGCAGGCCCUGAACGAUGAUUCUGAUGUGUUGUUUCCCGUCCGUGCAGUUGGCUCUUGCUCUCCAACUGAUAACCUGGAGAACGGAGAUGGGCAUGAAAGUGCUAAUUUCAUGGUUGAAUUGGAUCAAAGGAACGCCGAACUGCUCUACAGGGGAGAAGUUAGCCCUCGUGACCAAGAGAACCCCUUAAACGAUCUGUUGCCAUCAGCCACCGUGCCAGAAUCCAUGACAGUUGCUGAGCUUCGGCAAGCCAUUGUGGCCAUGAUGUCUAGAAAGCAUGAACUGGAAGAGCAGAGCAGAUCUCUGCGGAACUUGCUCGACGGAGAAAUGGAACACUCUGCUGGUCUGCGUCAGGAAAUAGACAACCUGAAGAAGAAAGUUUCGGAGCAGGAAGAGCGCUAUUCAGUGAAGACCCAGGCCUUGGCAAGAGAAAAUGAGGUCCUAAAAGUACAACUAAAGAAAUAUGUUGGAGCUGUCCAGAUGCUGAAAAGGGAAGGUCAAACUGCAGAAGUGCUGCCAAAUCUUUGGAAUGUGGAGAGCGAAUUUAGCAUUCCUGAACAAAAACAAGUGGAAAAUAAUGAAGAACUAGCCAACUCCUAUGAGAGAAAGCUGAUUGAGGUGGCAGAAAUGCACGGAGAGCUGAUAGAGUUCAAUGAGAGGCUGCAUCGGGCUUUAAUGGCGAAGGAAGCACUUGUGUCACAGAUGAGACAGGAACUCAUAGACCUGAGAGGACCGGUUCCUGGAGAUCUCAGCCAAACAUCAGAAGACCAGAGUCUGUCAGAUUUUGAAAUAUCAAAUCGAGCUCUUAUAAAUGUAUGGAUCCCUUCAGUUUUUCUCCGUGGAAAAGCAGCGAAUGCAUUUCAUGUUUACCAGGUAUAUAUCAGGAUAAAAGAUGACGAAUGGAACGUUUAUCGAAGAUACACAGAAUUCAGAAGCCUACAUCACAGACUACAAUCAAAAUAUCAUCAAGUGAGAAGUUUCAACUUUCCACCAAAAAAGGCCAUUGGAAACAAGGACGCCAAGUUUGUGGAGGAACGGCGGAAACACCUUCAGAAUUACCUGAGAAAUGUUAUGAAUAAAGUAAUCCAGACUGUGCCAGAAUUCACUGCCAAUCCUAAAAAAGAGACUCUUAUCCAACUGAUGCCCUUUUUUAUCAGGAACGCAGUGGAACGGAGUUCUGGCACCUCUUGAAAAUGGUCACAUGGCCGGUGGCCCCGCCCCCUGAUCUCCAGACAGAGGGGAGUUUAGAUUGUCAUCCGCACUGCUCUAGUGCGGACCAUUUUUUCCGAGGGUGAUUUAAACUUUUAAAAACUCCCCCCUUGUUCCAGCUGACCCAAAGUGACGUCAUUGUGCAGUCCUGAGUUCCACCACUGAGUUCCACCACCUCUUUUCCCAGGAAAAAAGCCCUGAUAAAACCAAUAUUUUAAAACUGCAGAAAAACAACAGUAAAUUGAGCUAAUUCCCAAAUGCUGAGCUGAGCAAAAAUUGCCUGCAUGAGAAAAGAGAUCCCGAGCCUGCAUGAACUUUUCAAGGAAGCACAUUCCACAACUCUAGGAGGCACCACGGAAAAGGUCCCGCUUUUGCUAGGUGAGAAACAUGAUCAUUCUAAAGGAUGUAAUCGGGAGGGCAGCUUUAUUGGCAGUUCUGCCCACCAUGUUGUAAUGUCCCUCUAUCUACUGCAACUUCUAAACAAACUUUCUGUGGCUGAAUACCUAAAAUUUUGUACGGAGAUUCCUCAGGGCUGAAGAGUGGUAACUUAGGGCCAAAGGCAAAAAUGGUCUUGGGCCCUCCUCUUGCACACUCCCCCAUUCUGUCAAUAGACAACAUGGUUAAUUUAACUUCAUGAAAUAUUAAUGCAACACAUGCAUUGUAUAGUUUAGCAUGUUGUAUUUAAAGAUGAUAAACUUAUUAAUCAACAUGAAUUAACUAGGGAAUAGGCUUCCUAUUGAUUCUGUAAGUCACCUGAAGAUCAAAGGUGAAGGAGCAGAUCAGAGCAACCUUGGUUGACCUCUAACCUUAGGCAGUAUGAAGCAGUGCGUUGGGGACCCUCAAUCUGAUGGGGACCCAGAUCAGUUUGAUCUCUCUCCUCCACAUACACCUGCCUUCCGUCCUUUAUUUGUUUAUUAGCAUCCCUUUUCUCCGCAAUGGGGACCCAAAGCUGCUUCUAUCAUUCUCCUUUCCAUUUCUUCCUCACAGAGAGUGUGACUGCCCCAAAGUCACACAGCAAUCUUCCAUCACAGAGUGGGGAUUUAAACCUGAGCCUUCCAGAUCCUAGUCCAAUGCUCUAACCACUACACAUGUUGGCUGUCCAUUACUCCUUUGAGAAUAAUGUUGUGUAAUGUACAUGCUCCAAGGAGUAGUGGCACUUGCCACCCAUCCCCAUUCAUUGCCUGAAAAAAAAAUUUGGCCCUGGACUUCCAUGGAGUCCUUCAGGGGAUUUCCUUAGCAUGCUGUUCCUCACUUAACCUUUGGAGAAGGGUCUUGGUUUGGGAGGGGGGGUGUUGUUUCCUUUUCCUGAGGCCAGAAUUAUCUCUUGCCUCUCCUAUCCUAAUGUUUGUUGAAAAGAAUGACAAUUUAUUUGGAAGCUGACAUCUUGGAAACAAGUUAGUUUAUAUAUGAAGUAAGUAAAACAGACGUAGAUUUCGUUCUCUUGGGAUGAUUUAUUCUGAUCACAGUAUUUGAGGAUUUUUAACCCCAUAAUGCAUCAUUUUGUAUCCUUGCCCGUUAUCAUAUCUGCAGAGAGAAGAACACCAAUACUUUCCUCUCCUCCUGCAUCCGAGUCCCUGGAUCAGCACAAAAUUCAGUAAAUUGCACCAGUGUGCAAUUUACUGAAUUUCAGCUGUGCUAUUGGACAUGCCACCAGGUCAGAUGCAGCUCCUCCCUUUGUGAGUGCCCCAGAUCAGUUAUAUGCACUCCAUGGCUCAUGGAGGUCCAUCAGCCAAAAGAACCACAUUUACUUACAUACCUAGCAUCAGGGCUUUUUUUCAGCAGGA